AUGGAAGGGCUCGCGAAUCGAACGCAAACUCACAUGCUUCCAACUCCGCAGCAAAACAUUACUGGUCCCGGACAGUAUGCAGCUAUAUCUUUACAACAGACACAACAAGAGAGGAUGCCUCCAACUUACGAAGAAGCCCAGUUAGCGGUUCAAGCGGUCGAUAUACAACAGAUUACGAACAUGGAAGCGGAAAAACAAGCUAUAUAUCGCCAUCCGCUCUUGCCUUUACUGGCUAAACUGUUCGAGAAAUGCGAGCAGUCAACUCAAACGUGCGAAUUGACUCCAGCUAACGCUUUCGACAACGAAAUAAAGAAUGGCAUUCUGCAGAUGAAUCGAGAGGGAAAGUCCUUCUACACGGAGGAUAGGGAUCUCGAUAAUUUGGUGAGCAUAGUUUUUUUAUUCUUUGUAUUCAAGUCAAAACCGUUUCCAGGCUUUAGUAUAGCAUCUUGAAAACUCUUCAUCCCUUGUUUAUCAAGUUAAGCUGUGUAUCUUCAAUAACACAGAAAUUUCGUGCCACCUCAGCUAAAGCAUUUCUUAGUCUUUAACGUGAUACCCUCGUGGAUUAAACUUAUUAAAAGAUACAUAUUUCACAAUCAGCUAACUGGAAUAAAGCCCUUGUUUUUUGCGAUCGACUGAUACUCGUGUCGUCUUCCUUCAUCGCGAUCUUUUCGUCGUUAUUAAUUGUUUUCAAUGGUACCCGUGGCGGAUUUCAAAACGGAGGGCAUCCCUCAAAUAAAGACACAGACGCCGCGUUUAUUAUUCUGCAGGUACCAUGAAAAGGUCUUUCUGUAUUGCGUUUCUUUCGGACAAAUUUUAAUCCCGAUUAUGUUAAGCUUCUUUUAAAAUAUGGCGGCCGAAAGGAAAUCCCACAUUACAGGAGCAAGAAUAAAACAUUCGAUAAAAACCAGGAUAUUUUCUCUGGUCACGUUAUAUUAACUUGCUGAUACAAAAGCUUAGUUAGUAAGUAAUGGUUUUCAAGGCUUUGUUUACAAGUAAAAGUGCAAAAUUAUUAUCCAUUUUUAAGAGGAAGAUCAGAUUCUUUUGCGGAUCAUCAGAAGAUUUCCGUUUUCCUGCCUACUUACAGCUACUUGUGCCUCGCGUGAAAUAUGCGACAUUUCCGUUGGCCAUUUCCUCGUUUAUAGUGUUGAUACUUUUAAUUACUUUACUCUUGCGAAUUUUCGUAAAAUUAAUAUUAAUACUUAGUCAAGGGUCUUAAAUUAAGAACUGACUGUAGUCUUCCUUAACAGGAUUGCGAUAAUAACAAAGCAAAAUAAUGUCUAAUAUUUACAUAAUAUGCAAAUAUGUUUUGGAAGGCAUUUAUUGUAGAUCCGUCCUUUUUUUUUUUUCUUGUAUGAUAAAUAAUCAUGAAAACUGUGUUCAGACUUGGCCUUAAUAUUUUCUUAGAAUACAAUAUCUUAUGGAAUUUCAGCGAAGUUCCAUCAACCGUGAUUCCCAUUUUAUGGAAGAAACAAUUUAUUCCAAAUUUGUUAUCAAUUUUUUAUACAGUUUAAGUACAGCGUUUGUUCUGAGCAUAGCUGCUUUUGUACCAACAGAUGAUCAAAGCAAUCCAGGUUCUCAGAAUUCAUCUGCUUGAGCUUGAAAAAGUCAAUGAACUCUGCAAAGAUUUCUGCCAACGUUACAUUGCUUGCCUGAAAGGGAAAAUGCAGAGUGAAAAUUUACUUCGCAGUCCUCUUCAAACAACUUACUCCCCUGCGGUGAAUGUCUUGAAUGCAAAUGUGCAACCACAGACACCGACAACCCCAAUUCAAGCACCCCAGCCAACAUUUAUUCCCCAGCAGCAAGUUGCUUAUUACACAGCACCUGCAGCUGUUACGCCUUGCACUGUCGCCAGCGCAACCCCGACUGUAAGUGUCAUUGGCACUCCAUUGCAACAGCAAGUCACAACAGUGGCAUAUGUUCCCCAGGGAGUAGCCCCUGGUCAACAGAUUGUCAUAGCACAAGUCCCACAACAGCUUACUCAGCAAGCAGCAGUACCCACUAGUGUAACUUAUACCACAGUACCUACGACAGUAACAUACAGCUCAGUGCCGCCCACUGUGACGUACGUGAGCACGCCAACUAUUGAGACUGUGACACCUUCUCGGCCCCAGACGCAUUCCUCAGGAGAUGAAUCUCCAACAGAAAUAACUGUUCCAUCAAGUGUUCCACUUCCUGCCCUUGACUCACCCACAGAGGUUACGGAUAAGAAAAAAACAAGAAGGGGUGUCUUACCUAAACAAGCAACAAACAUUAUGAAGACUUGGCUUUUUCAACAUCUUGUGGUAAGUGGAUGAUAAUAAAUCACGUAGGUUGUGUAUGUUUGUGGGUCAGUGCUUCUGAACAUUUUAUAUGUGUUGAGGGCUUGACUGUUUUGAGCAUUAAAUUUUUUGUCCCCCUCUGACAGGUGCGGAUCCACACCAGUUUCCACCAUUUUACAGAAAUUGGUCAGAUUUUUUGUAUUUAAUAUAAUACAUUUUUAAUACAAAAAAGCUGUUCUAGUUGAAACUGAGAGAUGAAAUAAUCCACCAAUUUGCAGUGUGAGGAGAAUGGAGGAGAAUGGAGCCAGCCAAUAAUAAUAAUUAUUAUUAUUAUCCUGUGUAAAUGACUCAGAAACCCAGGAAAGGGAGAGGAAAAAUCCAAAAAGUUUUCCCUGGGGAGCAUGCCCCCAGACCCCCUUAGAAGCUUUGGCCUUUCUCACUCAUUUCGAAAAUUGGUCAUUAUUUAUCCUAGAUCUGUGCCUGUCUGAUGAAUAUUAGGGGUAAACAAGAAAAUCAUUGGGGACAAAUAUAUAUUUAUUAAAGUUAUCUGAAUUUGUUUCUGGAACUCUUGCAUGUGAAACAAAUAACAUUAAGGCCUCGUAAUUGAAGACGUUGAUGCGUGUUCAAGGGCCUUGUUUCUCCAUGAAUAACCCUUUGAAAGUUUCUUGUAUGAUCCAAAAUGUAUGCAAACUGUCAACAUAGGUUAAACUAAAAAGUUGAUUCAACACUCUAUAAUACAUGUAGUAGUGUUUUCAGUCAUUUGAGCUUGUUUUGGGGGUUAAAAACUGGAGUAUUUCCUCUUCCAACAGUCCCUCAAUUAAUGCCCAACAGUUUGUAUGGCUUUUAACAUCCUGUGCUACUUUGGGAGCUUAUCCCCUGGCUUUCCUGUUUUUUUGUUUGUUUGUUUUGUUUGGUUUUUUGUUUUGUUUUUUUAUUCCCUGAUGGAAAUCCUUCUUUCCUGAUGGAAAUAAAUAGCCUGGUUGAAAGCAGGGGUUAGCUUUUUUAUGCCCAAAAAGACAGUUGUUUUACACACUCAUUAAUUCUUUUUCUUUGCCAGCAUCCAUACCCCACGGAAGAUGAAAAACGAAGUAUUGCAGCUCAAACUAAUCUUACCAUUCUUCAAGUCAAUAACUGGUGAGUUGUAAGUGAGUGCUAAUAAAGCCAGUUAUUAUAAUAAUCUGCUUCUGCAUGCUGUUGUGAUUUUGCACUCUUAUCCAAAAUAAUAAUAUUAUUAUUGUUGUUGUUGUCUUUUGACCGUUAUGCUUUUUGUUAACCCUUUAAGUCCCAAUAUCCACAUACAAAUUCUCCAAACUGAUCUCCAUACAUUUCCUUGAAGAAGUAGUUGAGAGAAUUUGGUAAAAGAUCAAAUAUUUUUCUCUUUGUGAUCAUUUUGUUAAUUCUCAUAGACUUUGCUCAUGAUAGUCUGUGGAUAUUGUUAGGAGAAAAUUGAUUUUGAGCAAUACUGGUACUUCACAGUAAGGUUCAGAUCAGAUUAAGCCUUGGACAACUAGGAAAAGAACUAAGAGUACAAAGCACCUCUUUCUCCUCUCGCUCCCCCACUCAAUAAAAUUAGUGUGAUUGUUAAGGUUUAAUUUUAAAAAAUAAAUUUUCUUGUUCCUUUUGAGUGUCACUUUGUUGCCUUUUUUAUGAAAAAUUUUCUGUAUUAUUGUGUAAAUAGGUUCAUUAAUGCAAGACGUCGUAUUCUUCAACCCAUGUUGGAUGCCAGUAAUCCCGAAGGACCUAAAGCUAAAAAGUCAAAGAUCCAAAGUCGCCCAGCUCAGCGUUUCUGGCCAGAAAAUUUAGUCCCCAGUCAGUUAGCAACUGUUCCCAUAGCUCCAGCUCCUGUGACUGUACAGGCGGUAAUGCAAGGUGGAGCUGUUCAAAUGCAGACAGUGCCACCUGGUGCGACUGUUGCUGUACCACCAGGCGUGGCUUUACCCACGACUAUAACAAUACCAAAUGUACAAGGGACCACAGUCAUCCCAGGAACUGUUGCUAUUCAACAACAACCACAAACAGGCACACCAACCACAAUGGUGGUUGUAACAAUACCCCCGUCAGCAAGUCAGAUCAGUACAGCGUCUGCAUCUGAAAGUUCCUCAGUUGUUACAUCCCACCCGACGAUGAUGGCGUCAGCUGUGUCAUCACAAGUUGAAACAGUCCCGGUCAGUAAUCUGUCUCCCAUGUACACUAAUAUCCAGCAAGGCAGUCCAUCUCUACAGAGUUCCCCACUUCCAACCAUGGUACAAAAUGGUGGAGAAGGUAGUCUUGUGAAUUCACCCCACCACCUUCCUACGUCAAGUGUCAGCAUAGCCGGAGUCCAGGAGAACUUAGUAGGAGUUACCGCAAUUACUAUGGAUAAUGCUGUGGUCUCGAGAGGAAUAGUAAACUGA